AUGUCCACUUUCAAUCCGGUUGCCUCCCUCAAGGGCCAGAGUGUGGCCUCCGCUGCGCAGUUCUCGCGCGCUGACAUUGACGCCCUCAUCCAGCUCGCACUGGAUAUGAAGACACACAUCGAGGCAGGUAAAACUAUCGACGCCCUGCGCGGUCGCGUCAUGACGCCGCUGUUCUUCGAGGACAGCUCUCGCACGCUGUCGAGUUUUUGCGCGGCCAUGAUGCGGCUGGGCGGCGGCGUCGUGAACUUCACGGUGGAGACGUCAUCUGUGAACAAGGGCGAGACACUGCAGGACACCGUCCGCACGCUGGACUCGUACAGUGACGUGCUCGUCCUCCGCCACGUUAAGGAGGAAGCGCUGGAGCAGGCGAUGAGUGUGGCGACGCACCCGAUCAUGAACGCUGGCAACGGCGCUGGUGAGCACCCGACUCAGGCGUUGCUCGACAUCCUUACGAUUCACGCCGAGCUCGGCGCCGUGGACGGCAUUACGAUUGCGCUGAUCGGGGACCUCAAGAAGGGCCGCACGGUGCAUUCGCUGCUGAAGCUGCUGACGCACAACUUCGCGCUGAGGAAGGUGUACCUCAUCGCCCCUGCUGGGCUGGAGAUGCCUGCAGAGGUGCUGGAGCAUGUCGCGACGGACGUACAGAAGCGCGGGAUCACGAUGGAGCAGGCGUGUGGCCUCACUCCCGAGGUUGUGGCCGACUGCGACGUGCUCUACGCGACGCGCCUGCAGAAGGAGCGAUUUGUCGCCUCCACUGCCGGUGACGCCGACGCCAUGGCCGCCUUUGAGGCUUCCAAAGCUAGCCUGAGGAUCGACAAGGCUCGCCUGGCACACGCGAAGGCGAAGAUGAUUGUCAUGCACCCGCUGCCCCGCGUGGAUGAGCUCAGCACGGACAUCGACGACGACCCGCGUGCGGCGUACUUCCGACAGAUGCGCUACGGCCUCUUCAUGCGCAUGGCUAUCCUCUUCAGCGUGCUUUCUUGA